AUGUCGUUCGAUGAGUUCAAGCCGUUGAACGAGAAAUCUCUAGUAGAGUACAUAAAGGCAACGCCUGCCCUCUCCUCCAGGCUCGGAGACAAGUACGAUGAUCUGGUUAUCAAGGAAGUUGGAGAUGGCAAUCUCAACUUCGUUUUCAUCGUCAUCGGAUCCACUGGCUCACUCGUCAUCAAACAGGCGCUUCCGUAUAUACGUUGUAUUGGGGAGUCUUGGCCAAUGACGAAAGAAAGAGCUUACUUUGAAGCUACAACUCUGAGAAAGCACGGAGCUUUGUCUCCUGAUCAUGUUCCUGAAGUCUACCAUUUUGACAGGACCAUGGCUUUGAUUGGAAUGAGGUAUCUGGAGCCUCCUCACAUCAUCCUCCGCAAAGGACUCGUUGCUGGAAUCCAGUACCCUUUCCUUGCAGAACACAUGGCUGAUUACAUGGCCAAAACCCUCUUCUUCACUUCGCUCCUCUAUCAUGAUACCACAGAGCACAAAAGAGCAGUAACCAAGUUUUGUGGUAAUGUGGAGUUAUGCCGGUUAACGGAGCAAGUAGUGUUCUCUGACCCGUAUAGAGUUUCUACGUUUAAUCGUUGGACUUCACCUUAUCUUGAUGAUGAUGCUAAGGCUGUGCGUGAAGAUAGCGCCUUGAAGCUCGAAAUCGCAGAGCUUAAAUCAAUGUUCUGUGAAAGAGCUCAAGCUCUAAUACAUGGUGAUCUUCACACUGGCUCUGUCAUGGUUACACAAGACUCAACUCAAGUUAUAGAUCCUGAGUUUUCUUUUUACGGACCAAUGGGUUUCGACAUCGGAGCUUAUCUUGGCAACUUGAUACUGGCUUUCUUUGCACAAGAUGGGCAUGCUACUGAGGGAAAUGAUAGAAAAGAAUACAAGCAAUGGAUCUUGAGGACCAUUGAGCAGACUUGGAAUAUGUUUAACAAAAGGUUCAUUGCGCUGUGGGAUCAAAACAAAGACGGUCCUGGAGAAGCAUACCUUGCAGAUAUCUAUAACAAUACCGAGGUUAUGCAGCUUGUUCAAGAGAAGUACAUGAGGAAUUUGUUUCAUGACUCGCUCGGAUUCGGCGCUGCAAAGAUGAUUAGGAGAAUUGUGGGUGUGGCACAUGUGGAAGACUUUGAAUCGAUCAAAGAUGAUAAACAACGAGCGGUUUGUGAGAGAAAAGCGCUGGAGUUUGGGAAGAUGCUUCUCAAGGAAAGGAGAAAGUUUAAGUGUAUCGGUGAAGUUGUUUCAGCAAUUCAACAACAAAGCUGAGACCUGUCUCUUUUUGUGUGUGUUCUAAUGAUAAAGAACAAAAAACAAAACAGAUGCUUAAACUUGAAAGUCUCUUCUUUGAUGAUCUUCUUGGUUGGACUUGUUUGCCAUUGCCAAGAAUGAUUCCACUUUUUAAAUAAAAUAAACACAACAUAUUCGUCAUCA